CCUUUCUUCACUUUGGGUUGUUUUAGUUUUUCAUUUUUAUUUUUCUGCUUCAUCAAUGGCUGCUUCUUCCAGUAGGGAAGCUAUGAACAAGCAACUUCUUGACUUUAUCCAUUCAAUGGAACAAGAAGGUUUGGUCGACUACCGUUUCGCUAAGGUUCAUAUGUUGAAGGAAUCAAGUGGUCCUUUCUUCUUUGCUUCAUUGCUCCCCACAUUCUGCCAUGACUCGACAGCAACCUUAAGAGACUUGACUGUUGCUUUGGGUCAACCUCUGCUGAAUUAUCACGAUCUGGGUGAAUUGUGCUUUAAGAUAAAAGGGGGUGCGGCAUGCCUUGGAGUUUGUCGUAUGGCUCAUGCCUGUGGUCAACUUCAUCAAGCUGUUCAGAACAGAGCAACUAAAGAAAGCUUAAUCACUGCAUUGAAUGCUGCAAAACAAGAAUUCUCGAUUAUGCAAGAAAAAUUGGAGACUCUUGUUCAGCUGGAAACGAAGAUUGUCUCUAAUGAAACUGACUGUCCAUAACUGUGCAAUGGAGGGCAUAUCCAGGUGACAAACCGAUAGUUGCAACAGCUUAUCGGUUUCCUUGUUCAUCUGUCUUUUGUUUGAACCGAAAAUCGGGUUUUGUUUUCAGUUUGUGGUGUGUCUUUAAGGCGAACCAAACUAUGGUGUGUGUUUGAAUAAGUUAUCUCAAUAACUUGAAAUAAUAGAUGCCUUUUAAGACUCCUUGCUGUUAUUUUUGUUAGUUUGAUGUUAUUUCUUUUUUAAUUCAAAGACAUUUU